CUCAAAAUAUGAUUUUCUAUAGAGUGCAGAGUGUAUUUAUUACCUACAAGUUAAAAAUAUUACUGUUCUAUGAAGUCAUGGAUGACAUAUUCUAAAUCUCACGGCCGUGAUCAUACAAAAACUCUGAUGUUGCUAUCCGAAUAUCUUUCCUGAUCUCAAUUAUUGAAAGGAGGGCAGGCCAUCUGUUAUGGGGCUAGAAGCAGUUUUAAUUAUUGUUCUUGCUGUAGCAGUGGUUUCACUAUGGCUAAUUGCAAACUCUCUCAGAUGUACAAAUAAUAUCACGGCAGAAGCAAAGCCACCGCAGCCUCCAUCGUGGCCAAUAUUUGGGCAUCUUCAUCUUCUAAGUAGAAGCAAAAAACCCAUUCACAGAAUUCUAUCCUCGCUUUCAGAGACCUAUGGACCCAUCAUGCAUCUGCAACUUGGCUUCCGACCAGUUUUGGUCAUCUCUUCAUCAGAGCUCGCAAAAGAAUGCUUUACAACAAAUGACAAAGCCUUUGCUUCGCGCCCACUUCUCUCUGCAGGAAAGCAUAUGGGGUAUGACUUCAAAAACUUUGGUUGGGCUCCUUACGGCUCCUACUGGCGAAACAUUAGAAAAAUCUGCAACCUCCAGCUCUUUACUGCACACAGGAUCGAAUCCUUCAGCCACGUCCGCACAGAGGAGAUUUCCACUCUCAUACGUUCGCUGUUCGAGAGUUGGGAGCGAGAUAUGAAUCCAGUGAACAUGAAGUUAAGGCUCUCUGCUCUCACAUAUAAUAUCAUGAUGCGAACAGUUGCCAGUAAGAGAAUCUCGUCAGAUCUCAGUUCUGAAGAUUUCCAAGAAGCGCAGCACUUUAAGGAGUUGUUGGAAGAAAGGGUUUUGUUACAUGGAGUAUUUGAUAUCGCCUAUUAUCUGCCCUUUCUCAAGUGGGUCGAUCCACAGGGAAUAGUGUUUUCUAUGCAGAAUCUAAGGAAGAGAGUGGAUGUAUUUAUGAAGAAAUUGCUGCAGGAUCACCGAGAGAAGAGAGGUGUGCAUGCUCGAGACUUGAUUGAUGUUCUCAUCUCUGCAACAGACAACAAUGAAAUUCAGUCUGACAAUAACGACGAUGUGGUGAUAGCCAACGCCCUUGGCUUGAUAACUGCAGGUACUGAAACAUCGUCUGUGACCAUCGAGUGGGCACUGUCAGCUCUGAUAAAGCACCCGGAAAUUUUGGGGAAAGCCCAGCAAGAGAUUGAUACACAUGUUGGACGAGACCGAUUAAUGGAGGAAUCAGAUAUCCACAAGCUGAAAUAUUUGCAGGCAAUUGUAAAAGAAACUUUCAGGCUUUUUCCAGCCGCACCUCUUUUGCUCCCUCAUGUAUCUAUCGGGGCCUGCACUGUUGGAGGAUAUUGUGUUCCCGCAGGAACGCAACUGUUAGUGAAUGUCUGGGCAAUUCACAGAGACGCGGCUGUGUGGGAGCGCCCCAUGGAAUUUGAUCCAGAACGUUUUCUCAAGAGCGGCAAAGAGAUUGAUGUGAAAGGGCAGGACUUUGAAUUGAUUCCGUUUGGUUCAGGGCGAAGAAUUUGCCCGGGCAUGUCUUUGGGAUUGAUUGUGGUCAGUCAUACUUUGGGGUGUCUGCUUCAGAGCUUCGAAUGUUUUUCUCCAGAGAGCACUGAAAUUGACAUGACCGAGGGGCUUGGGCUUACAAUGCCCAAAUCAAUUCCAUUGGAGGUCAUUAUUAAACCUCGGCUUCCCCUCCAUCUCUACUGAUAUGUCUGCUUAGUCCUCGGAACAAAGAGAUUUAACGCCUGGUCACGUUGUUGGUCCACAAUCAUUUAAUUUAGAAGGAAUAACUCGUAAGCUGUGAAGUCUUGUAAGCCUUAUUAACCUAAUCAGUAAUAAUGUUAAUGUAGUUUAAUAUAGAAAUUAGCUUUUAAA